ACGCGAACGAGCCUUGUCUCUCACGUCUUGCAAGUCGGCCGGAAUUGGUCGCCGACGUACCACCCGCCUUCCCCUCUCGAUCUCGCCCCGCCUAUAGAUAGACCAAAACCAGAAAAGAGCAAGACAACAGCAAGAGAAACGAUCAAAACACAGAGGAGAAGGGGUGGGAGGAGAGAGAGAGAGAGAGAGAGAGAGAGAGAGAGAGAGAGAGAGAGAGAGAGGGAGGGAGAUGGAUUCGAUAGAUAUGAUCCAAAAGCCGCACGUGGUGUGCAUUCCCUACCCAGCCCAGGGCCACAUCAACCCCAUGCUCAACCUCGCCAAGCUCCUCCACCACCGGGGCUUCCACGUCACCUUCGUCAACACAGAGUACAACCACGGCCGCCUCCUCCGCUCCCGCGGCCCCUCCUCUCUCGACGGCCCCUCCUCUCUCGAUGGCCUCCCAUCUUUCCAGUUCCGCACCAUCCCCGAUGGCCUCCCGCGCUCUGAUGCCGCCGACGCCACGCAGGACAUUCCCGCCCUCUGCCAGUCCACGAGUAAGUUCUGCUUGCCCUACUUCCGGGACUUGCUCCAGAGGCUCAACGAGGAGAGCACGACGUUGGGUUCCCCGCUGGUGAGCUGCGUGGUGUCGGAUGGCGGGAUGACCUUCACACUCGAUGCUGCAGAGGCAAUCGGCGUGCCGGAGGUCCUAAUCUGGACGGCGAGCGCGUGCAGCUUCAUGGGCUACGUGCAGUAUCGCAGUCUUAUUGACAAGGGUCUUACUCCACUCAAAGAUGCCAACUACUUCACAAAUGGGUGUCUAGACACCACCAUUGACUGGAUACCCGGGAUGAGAAACAUCCGCCUGAGAGACUUACCGACCUUCAUCCAAACCACUGACCCGGACGACUUGAUGAUACCCUUCUGCUUGAGAGAGGUCGAGCGAGCGAAGAGAGCCUCAGCCAUUGUUUUCAACACGUUCGACCGAUUAGAGCAUGAGGUCCUCGACGCUCUCAAGGCCAUGUUCCCUCCCAUCUACACCCUUGGCCCCCUUCAUCUCCUUACAAAGCAACUAUCCGAUAAUAACACCAGGCCGUUCAGGUCCAACCUGUGGAAGGAAGAGCCAGGUUGCAUCGAGUGGCUCGACUCGAAACAACCCAGCUCAGUCGUGUACGUGAACUUCGGGAGCAUCACAGUGAUGUCGCCAGCGCAGCUGGUGGAGUUCGCAUGGGGGCUCGCGAACAGUGGCCAGGCGUUCCUGUGGGUCAUCAGGCCAGACUUGGUCGUUGGUGAUGCGGCCAUGCUGCCUCCGGAUUUCUUGGCUGCAACAAGGGAGCGGAGCUUGCUGGCGAGCUGGUGCCCCCAGGAGCGGGUGCUAAGCCACUCAGCAGUUGGUGGGUUCCUGACCCACAGCGGAUGGAACUCCACGAUCGAGAGCAUCGCGGCCGGGGUGCCAGUGGUGUGCUGGCCAUUCUUUGGGGACCAGCAGACGAACUGCUGGUACAGCUGCCAGGAGUGGGGGAUCGGGAUGGAGAUCGACAGCGACGUGAAAAGGAACGAGGUGGAGAGGCAGGUGAAGGAGCUGAUGGAGGGGGAGAAAGGGAAGCAUAUGAAGAGGAAGGCGAUGGAGUGGAAGGAGAUGGCCCGAGAGGCGACGCGUCCUUCCGGGUCGUCGUUCUUGAACCUGGACGAGGUGAUCAACAAGGUGCUGUUGUCGCCCAAAAGAGAUUAAGCUUGUACGGACAUUGCUUUGCGAUUGGGGCGAGUAUCCAAACGAUUCUGUAGACAUUCCUGUUGUGUAUUUUCCCGUCUAGAUCGUAUCUACACCCCUAGUAACUCCGGUCUCGUCAGUUCCGGUUGUUUUCAUUUAGUUUUGUGCAGUUGGCAUGUGUGUGAAACAUCAGGCUGCAAUAAAGUGUUUUCCCAUGUUUUUA